GUGAAUGAAUGACGUAACGUCUGUAUACGGACAUCGGUCGGGCUUUAUCGUCCAAGUAAGACGGUAGAGUAAGCCAGAGGAGACAGGGCUGGGUUGGGUGUCGCUCCGAGACUUAUUGCGCGUCUCGGAGCAUUGUGCGCGCGCCGCGCGUUUUUCGCGGCACGUGCAGCGCGUAACAGUGCGAGACGUAAUGGCCACGGACUGCGUGGUUGACGGGGAUUACCUGGGUGCGUACUCGCGCUUUUUUGCUGAGUUCGUCGCCCGGGUGAACCCGAACGAUCAGCUACCGGUGAAGGUGAGCGCUUACGACGUUGAGGAGAGCGAGCUGGUCGGUGAGAUCAUCAGCGUGACUCUACAGUACCUCAACAAGACAUAUUGUCCACCGAGUUUGCAAUCAUAUAUAGUUCAUCUCGUGAUACAAGCAAUCAAAUCAACAUGCAAGAAGCAACCCGAAAUCUGCGGAUUGAGACAACAAGAGAAGACGUACGCACCUUUGAAGCUCAUGCAGGCUAUCACAAACGAGGUAAACGAGAUCUGCAGGCGGUAUUUAGACAACAGCAGGCUGGCGCUUCUGCCACCGCCUUCGUCGACUCCACAGGUGACGGUGGGUGCCACCAGGAAUUCUAGGAGAAAAAUGGAGGACCGCCAUGUGGUCCUACAUGACUUGCACACUAUUUUUAAUAUUCAAGAUGACACGAUUGCAAAUUACUAUGCCGUGUUCGACGGCCACGGAGGGCAGGACGCUGCGGCAUAUUGCGCAACGCAUCUGCACCAGUAUCUUGUCGAGAGCGUCCACUAUCCUACAGAUCCGGAAAGCGCGUUGCGCGAUGCUUUCCUGAUUACUGACGCGCGAUUCAUAGCGAAAUCAAGUACACAGAAAUUGAACGGCGGAACUACCGCGGUGUGCGUGCUGAUGUUAAAUAAAAAGUUGUACAUCGCUUGGGUCGGCGACAGCAUGGCUUCGUUGGCCUCGAACGGCGACGUGAUACAACUGGUGAACCCUCAUCGACCCACACGAGAAGACGAAAGCGAACGAAUCCGCAAAAUGGGAGGAGCCGUCGUCAAUUGUAUGGGAGUCAUGCGAGUAAAUGGAUUUCUCAGCAUAUCUCGAGCUAUAGGCGAUGUCCCGUAUAAACCGUGUGUUAGCGGUGAGCCCGAAGUCCAAUGCGUGUCUCUGGAUGGUUCUGAGGAUUUUCUCAUAAUUGCCUGCGACGGACUGUGGGACUACGUGGACGAGAGAACCGCGGCGCUUCGUGUUUAUCGUCAGGUGUUGCAGAAUCCACACGAUCUCAAGUACGUGCACCAGGCGCUACUGCAAAGCGCUAAACGCGCGGGAUCUGUGGACAACAUCACUGUGAUUGUCGUGUUCCUGACAUCACCGGUCGAGAUUGCUUCGCAGCAUUCGCUCCUGACGCAUCCAGCACCGAAUGGUCUACUACUGAACAGCAUGGACCCGAAUAAUCCGGUCUCGUCGAAUUCCGGCCAGUUCGACGUGAAUGCUACUUUCAUUAAGCAGCAACAGCAGCAGCAGAUAAUGGAUCCGGAUUUGAAUCACGUGAUUUGCGGAAUGACCAGGAAUGGCAAGCAUCAGGAUAGUGAUGGUAACGACGAUUAUUACGAUUAUGGUGACCUGGGUCCGGAGACUGACGUCGACGGCGGCGAGGACGCCAACGAUGUUAAUCGCUUCCAGGAUCACCUCGUCACGUCGUCGUCGCGCGAAAAGUCACCGAUGGAGAUCGGAGUCGACGAUGAGAAUGAUAGCAAGAAGGAGGAUCUACUUAAUCGCGACAAUGCAAAUGUCUCUCCAAUGGACUCGGUGGUCUCCGACAAUCGUGUCAUUUUGAGUGACUGGGACGUUCGUUGCGAUGAAAAGCCGCGCGACAACGACGACGACGACAACGACAACGAAGAAUUGCGCGUGGAAUCCACCACUGGCACGCAUACCCUCGUAGACGAUGACGAGUCGCCACCCUCGCCGCGAGAUGCUAAAUCCAUUCAAAAUCCACUUCAGCAUGCAUUGAUCUCUGAAGCGGAGAAUGUAGCGGACAGCGAAGAUUCUGAGGACGAGUGGAAUUAUUACCGUAUCGAUCCGAAUAAGAAGGAAUCCGCGACGACGGCUGUCGCGACAGGCGAACCCAGCGAGGACGUUGAGGAACAAAGUACCCAGGAUCUCGAGUCUAGUCCGAUAAGUGAUUCGGAAGUCCAGUCUUCGAAAGUCGAGGCCGAUAUUAAAUGUGAAGAAUCAAAAGAAGAGAUCCCUCUUGAGCCUGUCAACAUCGAUAUAAGCCAGAAAGAGCCAAGUGAACCGGAGAAGGAUCACGCCUACCGUCUGGACGACGACGAAGAGAAAUCGGCAGACGACAAUAAAAAGGACAUGGACUUCCCACUGAAUCCGGAGGCGGCCGAAUUCGUGCCGUUGUCGCCACCACUUCUAAAUAGCAAGAACGUUUUGCAGGAUUAUCCCAUCAGCGGCUCUCCCCUAAAACAGACGCCGGCGAUGGAUGACAUCCUGAUACCGAGCCAAAGUGAAUUCGAGAAAGAAGCGAGCCUCCGACCGAAGGACAUAGACGAGGACUUCUCGAACGAUAAACAAAACGCGACAAGUGAUAAUCUCUUGGACAUAGAUACAUCUGACACAUCGUCGACCAAGGUCGAGGUGGACGAUGAAUCGACAACCCGUAUCGUGUCCACAACGCAAUGGCAAGCGGAUAACGACACCUCGUGUCAGUGGAGCGCGACAACACGUAACGAUACAGCGUCCGACUUGGAGGGGUACGAAGUCGUCAACAUCGAUAACGUCGAUGUCAUGACGACAUCGUUCACUCCGGCUGAAUUGGAGGUAGCGUUCGAGAAAGGCAUUGAUCUAAAUGCCGUGCACAGCCUGAACGACAUCUCAGAUGAUGAGGAACACGUCAACACGCCGCCGCGUUCACCCGGUGGGCCGUGCACGAAUGAGGAUAUACGCGCGGAUACACCUUUAUUGGAUGAUAAAGAACCAAUUGAUCUUGUGUGCAUAUCAUCGACGCCAUAUCCCGCGGAUAAUGAAUCAACGUGCGCUGCCGUCUCCGAAUCGGACGAAGGGAAAGACGUGUUUUCGGUCUUCCAAGCGGAAGGUUUACCUACGGACCAACUCGGGGUCGCUCCUCUCACGGACGAUAGUCCCAUUAGUCAGCCAGAAUUCGCCUCUGAUGAAUUUAAAUUCUCUGAUUCAUCUAACCUGGAUAAAUUUACAACUUCUGAUGAAUUGAAAGUUACGACCUCCAUGGAAGAAAAUAUCUCGGGGGAAAUGUCAUUAAAAUUAAGUGAAAAUCCAUUUGAUGAUCAACAACCGAUAGAUUCAGCCAACGAAAAAUUCGAAGUGCUGUCUAACGAAGUUGAUCAAAGUAGUUGUUUGCUUCCCGAAAAGUCUACGCGGGAGGAUGAGGAAAAAUUGACAGACGAUAAAACACAAAGCAAAGAAGAACAAGUGGACUUGCGCGAAAAGGAUGAUAAAAUACAAUCUGAACUGAUCAGUGAAACAGAGAGUGAAUCAGUGAAACUAGAAAAUACGAAUAACAUUAAUACAGAAAUACAGCCGACACUACUGGAUAUAAUGACACCACCACGGCUUUCAGAAUCUGAACCAAACGCUUAUGACACCGAAGAGAAUGAAACAUGUCCAAUAAGGACUCCUAUAGAAAUUCCAGUUAUUACUGGAAAGGAAUAUGAUUCUUCGUCUCCUGAUUGGGGAGAUUACUACAAGACGCGUAACUGGAGGAAAGUAGAACUCCCUUACCUCAAUCCUUGUCCCGACUUUAAUCUCGAAGAAUUUGGUAAAAAAGAGGAAGUUGACGACAACAAAGACGACAAACAUGAUCAAGAUGAUAAAGAUGAUAAACACGAUCAAGAUGAUAAAGACGAUAAAGACGAUAAACACGAUCAAGACGAUAAAGACGAUAAACCUGGCAAAGACGAGAAACACGAUAAAGACGACAAACACGACAAAGACGACAAAAACGGCGAUGGCAGCAACGCUGAAGAUGCAAAUCCACCCGAUUCAGCGGAAGAUUUUACGAUUGUGGAGAAGGAAACCGAAUUUGAUGAUCAGAAGACUAAUCAGCCAAUUAUGAAUCCGUCUUGCACAUUGUUAAGCAAUGCGCCAAUCGUGCAAAAGCAAGUAGAAGAAGAAUUUGCUGUGCAAAUUGAAUCUACGAACGUCCAUGAGAUACCUGAAAAACAAAUCGCGCCCGAAGAUAUUCUCGUGAACAAAGAAGAAGAAGCCAAACCACAAGAAAUCGCGAAAGCGUCGCCGGAGGACGUUGCAAAGACAGAGGAAUUAAAGGAACAGGGAACCGCGGAAGCGAUACAAGCCGUCUCCGCGAUAGCUACCGCAGCUGCGACCAAAGCGAAAGCGACAACGACCACGACGACUAAACGUCCAACGAAACCGACAACGAAGACGGCAACGAAAACGCCGACAUCGCCCUCAAAAAUAGUCACUUCGACGACUACGCGAACAACUGCGAUAUCGUCGCCAUCGCAAGUCCCCGCAAAGAAACCUAUCGCGGCUCGUCCUAAGCAGCUGGUGGACGCAUCGACCAAAGCCACGGGGAUCUCGAGUACCAGCAGUAAAGUCACCAGCACCAAGACACCGACAUCAUCUAAAACCACGACUACAACAACAACGGCAAAGACUGGUGCCUCGUCGCGUGUUGGGACGACAAAAUCGAAAAUCAGCACUACUAGCGCUGCCUCCUCCAAGUUGAGCGCCGCAACGUCAACCGAGAAGAAACCAGCGACAAAUCUCGGUGAGACCAAGACCGGGAAAGUUGCCGCCAAACCAGCCAGUGCAAGAACCACGACCACCAAGACCACGCUAGGUGCGGUUAAAUCAUUGCCGUCAACAGUGUCCAGCCUAACGUCGAAGCCGCCGAGGUCUACGUCGGCCGGUACGACUGCCAAGACAUCCGCGACGUCGAGACAGCCAAUGACCAGCGCGUCGACGAGACCCAAAACCGCUCCACCGACAUCCAGCGGCGCGGCCAAGCCACGUGAAGGUCUCCAUCCUAAAACGACCACAGCCAAGUCACCGUUGAUCGAUAAGCAGAGCAAGGAUUCGGCCAACAAGGAAAUUUCUCGCUCGAGCGUCGCUGGAACGUUAUCACUGUCGGCAUCCAAAACUGGUAGCAAACCCUCCGUGCCUCUCGUCGGCAGCACGUCUGCGAAAUCACGCCUGUCGCUCGGGAAAUCACCCGCUAAGACGGGGAAUGCGAUGUCACCCACGAAGAAGCCAGCUCUGACACCGAAGGCGGCAUCAAGAACCGCUUCUUCCACCCCUGGGGCGAAGAGCACGGCCUUGACCGGGUCGCAGAAAGUGUUGCAGAACGGAAUCUCCGAGAGUCGCAAGCCCGAGGACGACGUACCACGGAAGGAUGCGUCACCAGUGAACGUGCCGACCGAUAAUCAGCUGAUAAUCACCGAUUGAAAUGGUUGCUCGAGAAGCCACGAGUCAACCGCCGUUGUUCGCGACCACGCAACGCCGGCCUAGGGCUUACGAUAGAACAUAGAAUCGCAGAUUUACCGCGAACCGUUAUAGGUUUCUCCUUUUUUACAAUUCUUAUUUAACGGACGAGAAGCAGGAGCGCCCGCGCGUCUCCUCGGGAGAGAAUAGUUUUUAGGAGAUAUUAUAUAUAAAUAUGUAACGAAUAUAAAAAAAAAAUUAUUGUCCUUAUACAGGGUGGCCCCGAACCGUUCUAGCCAGACUUUGAGAUCUUGUAGGGAAUUUAAUUCCGAACAAAAAAUUUCCUAUAAACAUGGGUUAAGUUAGGUUAGGUUAGGUUCCUUCAGAGGUUUUUGAGCGAUAACUUCUUAAGGAGGCAUUCUUCGACCCAUGUUUAUGGGAAAUUUUUUGUUCAGAAUUAAGUUUCCUACAAGAUCUCAAAAGUCUUGGCCGGAACGUUCGGGGCCACCUGUAUACGCGCAAGCACAUACAAUGUGACAGAUAUGUUUGGUCCAACAUGAGGCGGGAUAAAGGCAUAGUAUUCUAAACGGUUACUUUCGACAACUGCUGCCUUAUCAUAAUAAGAAUCGUAAGAUAAUUUCUCGUUUUUAUGUAAAUAUAAUUCGGAUUCGCUUUUUUUUUCAUGCCUCGUUCCAUUUUUUGUUUUUCGUUUCAAUAUAUUCGCGCCCUAAGAAGGACCGAAUGGCGCUCCGGUGACGGCCCGGGAAAACCGAUCGAAUCUUGAUAAAUUCUGAUACGGCAGUACGUUAAUCCUUGAACAUUCAACGCGGAAACUUAAUGAAAAAUGUGUACGUGAAUUUUUUACCAUUUUUUAAUUUUAUAUGCGCGAUCGCAAUUGAAGUAAAAAUAUCCAUUAUUACUCGCGAUACGACUUUUACUCGAAUGACAAGAAAAGAAAAGAGAUGGGCGGGGGGGGGGAGGGGGGGAGAAGAAAAAAACGAAGGGGUAACAGAAAACGUAUAUAUUUAUUCUUGUUUGUUCCUAUUUUUUUUUUUUUUUCAAGUUGAAUUCGUUGCGAGAUUAUAUAUAUCGACUCGUAACUCAUGAUAAUAUAAACGCUAUUCUAAUCUAUGUACAGCACCCUUAUGAUUUUAAUGUGAUACCUUACAAUAUUAUUAAAUAAAUUUGAGUAACGAAGGAGAGAUUUAUGUAUGUGCAUGGACCAAGGGCGAAAGAAGAAAGAGAGAGAAGGACGAGAUUCGAAGUUUUGAAAUGUGAGAGAAAAUAUGUAUGGAGAAACAUAAAUAUAUAAGAAGAAGUACUACAUCGUGCAAUAUAAUGUACAUGUAUACAUAUUUAUAUAUACAUAUAUCGCACAAUAUAAUGUAUAUGUUAUAUAUAUGUUAUAUACAUGUUAUGAAGAUGUUAUAUAUUUAUAUAUACAUAUACGUUAUAUAUUUUUCUUGCAAUUUUUUCUCUCGCCCCUCGAAUCUCGUUCCACUUCGUGUCUCUUUUUUUCUUCUCUUCAAAAGGCGAUCAGCGUCAGAGAUCGCUGCGCGCACCUAAAGGCGCCUUUUCAUAUGACGACAUCAAUCGCAAAUUUUCCUUUAUCGUUUUUGAAACUCUCGGAAGUAAAAAUUUUUCAGCUGCUUCCUUUAUCAAAUUAAUUAAAAAAAAAAAAAUAUUCGAAUGGACGGAAUUCGUUAUCGAAACAGCUUUUUUUUAUCCUACUUGACAUCUAUUUAUUUCGUUCGGUGAAUCCCCGAACAACACCGAACAUUGCAAUAAUAUUGCGGCAAUAUUACAAUGUUGCCGCAAUAUUGUUGCUCGUGUUACAUUGAUGGCCUUUAAAUAUGCAGCGAAAUGUGUUGUUCCAGUGAAAAAUUCGGAAGUUGCGAUUGUCUACUUGAACCGAAUAAGUUCGGAUGCGCGCGCGAGAGUCCUUUUGCGAUACCGACUUGUUGUACACACGCACAAUAUUCAACCUGAUAUGCAUUAUAAUGCGGCCUCAUGUGUUAUCAGAGAGCAUAACUUAGUGUUUUAUCCACGCGAAUGCGUGAUAUUCCGAUUUUUUGCGUAUUUGUCACCAUUUAUUUCUUAGAAUUCAUACUUAAAUAAAUGACAUAUUACGUUUGAAUUU